CAUGAAAAGUAAUCACUCAGAACGUAUUUUUAUAAAUUUUAAAAAGCGAUAUGCCUGAAAAUGUCAAGAAAACCGGGCCUUUGAUAGGCGCUAUCGAUGAGGGGACAAGUAGCGCUAGAUUUUUGGUGUUUGACGUAUUACGUAGAAAUGUAGUGGCUUUGCAUCAAAUUGAAAUCAAACAGAAAUAUCCACAAGAAGGAUGGGUGGAGCAGGACCCGAAAGAAAUAUUAGAAGCUGUCAUAGCAUGUAUAGAAGAGACUUUGAGAAAGAUAAAGAACUUUGGCCUAUCAGUCUCUGAUAUCAAAGCUAUUGGAAUUACUAAUCAAAGGGAGACAACAUUGGUGUGGGAUAAAGAGACUGGCGAGCCUUUGCACAAUGCAAUUGUAUGGCAUGAUAUGAGAACAACUACAACUCUAGAAGAUAUAUUGGAUAAUGUCCCUAAUAAAACAAGAAAUAAGAAUUACUUGAAACCAUUAUGUGGCUUACCAAUGUCUCCCUAUUUUAGCGCUCUCAAGAUACGCUGGUUGAUAGAUAAUGUUCCACGUGUGAAACAAGCAAUAGAUGCACAGAAGUGUGCUUUUGGAACAAUUGAUACAUGGCUCAUUUGGCAUCUUACAAAGGGCCAAUUGCAUGUUACGGAUGUAUCGAAUGCAUCUCGCACGAUGCUGAUGAAUAUUGAUACACUGAAAUGGGAUCCUUUAUUAUGUCGUUUCUUUGGUAUUCCACAACACAUUCUUCCUGAAAUACGAUCUAGUGCAGAGAUUUAUAGUUCUAUUUCAAACCCUGAAGUUCUCACAGGCAUACCCAUAGCAGGUUGUGUUGGAGAUCAGCAAGGAGCUCUUCUUGGCCAGUUAUGUUUGAAAUCUGGUCAAGCAAAAGCUACGUAUGGCACAGGAUGCUUUUUACUUUACAACACCGGAAAUACAAAAGUCGACUCAACACAAGGAUUGAUAACUACGGUCGCUUACAAAAUUGCGCGAUCCCCACCUGUUUAUGCAUUAGAGGGAUCUGUCGCUGUUGCUGGAGCUGCUUUAUCCUGGUUGCGAGAUAAUAUGCAACUUAUCAGUAAUAUCAUGCAAACACAAGAUAUGGCAGAGCGUGUAAGAUGUUCUGGUGAUGUGUAUUUUGUACCGGCUUUUUCGGGAUUGUACGCACCUUAUUGGCAACAGGAUGCGCGCGGAGUGAUCUGUGGUAUUACUGAGAAUACGGAACAAUAUCAUAUUAUACGAGCAGCAUUAGAAGCGGUUUGCUUUCAAACGAGAGACAUACUAGAAGCAAUGGUGAAAGAUUCAGGUACGAACCUGACAACUUUACAAGUCGAUGGUGGUAUGACUGUAAACGACUUGUUAAUGCAAUUACAGGCAGAUUUAAUUGGAAUAACUGUUGUGAGACCAAACAUGGUUGAAACAACAGCAUUAGGAGCCGCUAUUCUAGCUGGUAUUGGUGCAGGUUUAGUUGAUAUAAAUGAAGUGGAUGCAUCUCAAGUAACCAAAUUUUCACCUCAGAUUGGUGAUGAUGAGAGAGAUCUUCGAUAUUCUAAGUGGAAAAUGGCUGUUGAAAGAUCUAUGAAAUGGGAUUGUUCUACAACUCUAAUAAAUAAUUAA